UCACAGAACGUGCAUUUGUCAGGAAGCGUUAAACGCGGACUACAAUGCAACAUGAAUAAACUAUUAUGACGAUGUCGGCUCCACACUGUGUGUGUUUUGAGGCACCCUGACGUAACGCGGCGGCGGGGCUGUCUCUCUCCCACUCUGCCCGCCUGCCUGCAUUCAUAAACGGAUAUGAUAAAGCGGCGCUGAACAUACCGGAGCGGCGACGACCAUGGCGGAAGAGGACGACGCGAGGAUUCGGAUUCUACAGAGCCUGCGUGGGAAAAUAUGUGAAGCUAAAAACCUGGGUCCGGUCUCCGGUCCAAACCGACAAAGGGAUCUCUGCACUUUUUGCACCAUCAGUUUGGAUCAGGAGGAGGUGUUCCGAACUAAGAUGUUUGACAAAAGUGUCAGCCCCUUCUAUGGUGAGGACUUUUACUUUGAGAUUCCUCGGUUUUUUCAGUGUUUAUCAUUCUACAUUUAUGCCAAGAGUGUUUUCCAAAGAGAUUUACCAGUUGGGAAAGUGUCAAUCAGAAAGGACGACCUGUGUGAAUAUAAAGGGAAGGAACACUGGUUUAGUCUUCAGCCAGUAGACCCUAACUCCGAGGUCCAGGGUAAGGUUCAUCUGGAGAUGAGACUCAACGAAGUGAUCACAGAGAACGGCUCAGUGGGUCAACACUUACUUGUGCGGUGA